AUGGAAGAAGAGAAAACAGUAAACAGCAUGAAAACACAGAUGGGUUUUUUGUUGCCGGAUGACCAAAUAACAGCAUUACGUCACCAGAUGAUGGAAAACCAGGCAUCCUAUCGUCAGAAACUACAAAGUUCACAAGAAGCACAACACUGUCAAGCAAUACUUGUACAAAAGCUACAGGCAAAGGUUUUGCAAUAUCGAAAUUGGUGCAAGGAGUUAGAAAAGCGUCUGGAAGCCAACAAUGAUUCUCAUCUACAUCUGCAGGAUCACAAAGUGGACCAGAGUCUAGAAAAUAUAUUGGUUCAUUUGGAAGAAGAACAGCAGAGAUGUGAGAAUUUGGCUAGGGUGAACAUCUUGCUUCGGGAACACUUGGACAAAGCUAAUGAAGUGAAUGGGGCUCUCCAGGAAGAUAUCAACAAACUGAUAGAUGAUUGGACAAGAGCCAAAUUUGAGUUAGAGCACAAAGAGAGUGAAUGGCACAAAGAACGGGAGUUCUUUGAAAACUAUAUGCGGUCUGAACACGAUCGUAUCCUUGGCAUUUGGCGGCAAGUGGUGACAUUACGUCGUCAUUUUUUGGAAAUGAAGACAGCAACUGACAGGGAUCUGUCUGAAUUAAAAGCUGAGCAAGUGAGGCUUUAUGGCUCUAUAUUGGUCAGUUGCUUCCAUGUGAGCUCUGAUGCACAGUUCUGGGAGACCAAGAAUUUAGAAGAUCCAGCCCUAAGAUGCCAGCUACAGGAACAGCAACAGCUUGGUAAAAGACUAGAGAAAAUGGAUAUGGAGAAAGUAAUAUAUCAGCCAGCCAAAGAAAUUGUGACUUUACAUAUCAAAGGAGAUUUGGCAAAGGAAGAUCUUCAGAGCAGGGUGCUGGAGUUGACUGCUUUGCUUGAAGAGUCUCAUAAACAGAAUGAAGAGAAGGAGAAGACAAUGAAGGCACUAAGAGACACGGUGGAAAUUCUGAAGGCGAAUAAUUUGAAGAUAGAUUGUGAUCAAACAACAAGCAAAAAUAUCAGUGAAGAGAUCUUUUCUCUGCAACAUGUGAUAACAGAAAUUACUCAGGCAGUCAUUAGCGAGAAUGAUGCAACAAUUGGCAUCCCGCAACUUGAGAAGCAUGCUGACCCUUGUGGGAUCAUACCACUGGAUGCUGGUGAUUCAGAUGGGACCCUUCUUCUUGUACGUGAUGUGCUUGCUAGGAGAAGAAAUCAAGUGCAGCAACUGAGGCAACAGCUGUUGGAAAGUCAAGAUUCUGUCACUGCUUUGGAGAAGCAACAAAAGCAGCAGGCAGAGCACAGCAGCUUCCUAAGAGAUAGGCUUGAACAACUAGAAGGAGAAAGAGACACAUGUGCAAGCCAACGUCAGCAUUUACAGUCUGUAUUGCAGACUUACCGUAGUGACCAUGAAACCCUGGAGAAAUCUAGAAAAGAACUGCAGCAACAGCUGGAAAUAUUGCAACAGGAGGUGCAGCACUUACGCCAGAGUAACACUGAGCUACAGCUGAAAGGAGAUAUGGCAGAUGGGGAGAAAGAAGAAAAACAGGAGGAAUUGGAAAGGCUAAUGCGUGAGAGAGAAUACACUCAGGAAGAACAAAAUGCUCUUGAAGAAAAGCAUUCAUUGUUAAAAAGUGAAUUGGUAGCUAUGAGAGAGUCAUUGGAAAAAUCUCAUCUUGAUGGAGAGCUGAUGAAGCAAGAAAAAUAUGAACUUGCUGUAGCAUUGGAGCAGGCUGAGGAGUCUCUUGCAAAGUUAACCAGUGCGCACAAUAAGCUGAAGGCAGAAACCGCUAACCUUCAUGAUGUGGUUACAAAGAUGAGCACCCUUAGUGAGGCACUAGCACUGGAUAAAGUGAGUUUAAACCAACUGAUUUUGAAGUUAGAACAAGAAAACCAGGCUCUCUUGGACAAAGUAGAUCAUAUGGAAAGGAAAGAGGCCAUCUUGCAGAAGCAGCUUAACCAGACAGAAAGAACAAAUGAGGAAUUAAAUGCAGAGAAGUUUCGCUUGGAACAGUUGCUGCAUAAGGCUGAGGAGCUGCAGGAAAGCUUACAGAAUGAAUUGAGAGUGUUAACAGAUGAAAAGGAAGAGGCAUAUGAAGAACUGAAUAAGGUACAUCAUCAGCAUGAAAUAUCUCAUACGAGUUUGGAACAAACAAAUCAAGAGUUAAAUCAUAUAGGGGAAAUGCUGUCCAGGGCUUCCAGAGAAAAGGAAUCACUAAUGCGUGAAAAAACUGCUUUGGAAGUACGACUAGGGGUUGUUGAGAGAGACAGACUGACUCUUACAGAGCAGGUGUCAAAAUUCAGGUCAGCAAAGGAUCUUCUGGAAUCAAGUCUCUUCCAAGCUCAGAAGCAAUUAUCUCAACUGGAAGUUACCCGAGAUCAACUGGAAAUGAAAAUUCAGGCAAUUAGCCAGGCCAAAGAAGUGAUACAAGGAGAAGUGAAAUGCCUUUGUGUGGAGCUGGAAGCUGCAAAAUCAAAAAUUGAACAAGAAAAGGAAGAAAAAGCAUGGCAGCUGUCACAGGUAGAGCACAAGUGCCAAGAAACCCUCAGCCGCUGCCACACUGUACAUAAAGAGGAAAUGGACUUAGUCUCUCAGAAGCUGGGAAAUGAACGAGAAUGUCACCAAAUAGAAUUAGAACGUGUUGUCAAGGAGAAAGAAGAGAUUGAAAGUAUCUAUGAAGGGAAGCUCCUGGAACUGCAGCAGAAGAUCACUGAUAUUCAAACCCAUAUGGAAGAUGAGCUCAUUAAAGCUGAAAAUGCCAAACAAGAGGCUCUUCUAGAAAAAGAGAAUGAAAAAAACCCUUUACGAGAGGAAAUCUUCCAAACAAAUGAGAAACUUGUUAGUACUUGUCGGCAGCUGGAGUAUAUUCAUCAAGAGAUGAAGAAGCUUGAAGAGAGGGAGCAGAAUAAUGUACAACUUCUGGAAGCUGAGCUGAAAGAUACCACAAAUACAAUGAAAACCUUGAAAAUAAAGCAAAAGGAGGAAAUAAAAUCUCUCAAAGAAGAAAUAAAUGUCCUACUUAAUCAGCGAGACAGUUUACAAAAUCAGAUACAAGAGUUGGAGUUCCAGCUACUGACUACAAAAGAUUCUUGUAAAUUGAUUAACCAAGAGGCUCAGCAACAUUUAAGAGAAAUGCAGGAACUGUCUGAACAGAAGGAGCUUGAAGUGUCACACCUACAAAAGAUGCUAGAAACAGAGAGAAAACAGAGAGAGGAGGCCGUGCAGCAGCACAUGAAGUGGCAGAGACAGAAGGAAGAGUUGGAACAGAGAAACACAGAACUGAGAGCUAUGCUGCAAAGUCAGUGGGAGGCCGAAAAACACCUAAACAACACGCUACUAAGAAAGCAAGAAGAGGUGGAGCACCAGCAGACCACGAUUCAAGCCCUGGAGAGAAAGCAGAGGCAGUGGGAAGAGGCAGAGCUUCAGAAUUCAGAGCAACAGCAAGUGCUUCAGAGACAAUGGGAAGAGGCAAAAUCUCAAAUUAAACUGCUACAAAAUCAGAAAAGGGACACAGAGCUUCAGAACAUGGAGCUGCGGCACCAGAAAGAGGAGGUGGAACUUAAGAAUGCAAAACUGAAAGCUGAGCUUCAAAGGCAGCAAGAGGAGGCAGAACAUGAAAGGGCUACGCUUCAGAGCCAUUGGGAAGAGACACAAAAACGCUGUUCAGAGUUGCAGAAUUGGAAAGAAAAUGUUGAACAUCAGAAUGCGGAAUUUCAGGCCCUUCUCCAUAACCAGCAAGAGGAAAUGGAAAGUAAGGAUACAUGUAUGAAGAAAGAACAAAACCAGAAUUUGGAGCUUAAGGCAACCUUACAAACUCUGGAGCAGGAACGAGCCAGCUUGGUUGUCUCGCUGGAGGAGAAGGAGGCCAGGCUGAAGAAACUGCAAGAGAGGGAUGAUGCUCACCAGGAUGAAAUCACCAAAUUGAAUAGUGCCCUACACCAAGCAGAACAGAUGCUUGCUGAGCACCGAAAAGAAGUGCGGGAACUCUUUAGCCAGAUGGAAUCACUCAAGCAGGUGAUGGUACAGAAGGAGGCAACUUUGGUAGCUCAUAAGCAACAGCUAACUCAGGAUCUAGAAGUUUCCCGUGCUAACGAGCAACAUGCAAAAGACGCUAUGCAAAAGCUGGAGGCUGAAGUGUCCCAGUUACGCUUAAGCCUAUGUAGCACAGAGAGCAGGGCAGAGGCCCUGGCAUCUGAAUGUCAGCGUGCUUGUUCAGUCCAUUGGGAGGCCCAGGCCCAGCUGACAAAGCUACGUUCAGUUCUUCAGUGCAUGCUGUGUAACAGUCCUGAGCCAAAGCUUAGAGGGCAAGGAGACCAAAACUUUUGGAGUUCUUCAUCCCUUAAAAGAGAACAGGGUAAUAUGAAGGGACUGGCUUUGUUUCAGCCGAAGGACAGUUCCACAGAGCUUACAGUCGAGAGAGUCGCAGAAGCACUUCAAGGUUUGCGGCAAGAUCUCUGGCGGGCUCACCUUGAGCGGGAUGAGGCAAGGAAGAAUUCUGAGAAGUUGAAACAAGAACUUAGUGAGAGGGAAGCAGAAAGGGUACGCAUUAGUGCCAAGGCUGAGGAGCUCCAAAAAUGGCUGAACCAAUCCCAAGAAGAAAAAAAUGUUGCUGAAGGCAAACGUGGCUCUCUAGAGUCUGCCUUAAAGACAGAGGUCAUUGCUUUCAAGGAAGAGAAUGCGAGUCUACGUGAAAAGGUGACCAGUUUGGAGAAGAUACUUGAAAGCACAGAGAAACAAAGAAAAGAUGUGGUGAAUGUGCGAGACACAUUACAAAUGGCUAAGGAGAAGCUCACAUGGGAGCUGCAGCUUCUUCAGGAAUCAGCCAAAGCUUCAGAACUUCGAGCAAAUGCCAUGGAAAAGAUGAAUCAGUCCCUGGAGCAAGAACUUCAAACAACUCUCUCCACUCUCAGAAUGAAACAUGAGGAAGUUGAGACUUAUCAGAAGAAACUUGUGCCUUUGCAGAAAGAGGUAGAGGUAGGAAGAGCACUUCAGGAAAUUGUGGAUCAUCUCAAUGUUACUCUAGGAAAGAGAAAUGAAGAAAUAAAAGACCAGCUACAGCAGAUUAGGGAUCUAGAGAAUCACAAAGAAGUGCAAAAAGCUGCCAUAGAGCAUCUCACUAAAAAUCUAGAAAAGAGAAGUGAAGAAAUUGACUCCCAAAAAAAGCAAAUUGAAGAAAUAACAAAGCAAGAUAAGAUGCAGAAGGCUGAUCUCAAGAAACUAAAUUUAGAUCUAGAAGAGACAGUCCAGACUUUGAAAUCACAACAAGAAAAGCUUCAAAAACUACAGGAGUUAACGGAAAACCAAAAAACAAUAAUUGAAAGCCUAUCUCUGAAUCUGGAGGGAAAAAUCAAGGAAACUAACAUCAAAGAGGAGAAAAUUCAGAUUAUGGAACUUAAUGAAUCAACACAAAUUGGAGCUUUGCUGAAAGAUCUAGGUGACCUGAAAAUAAAGUUGAAUGAAAAAGAUUGGGAACUUGCAUCUCAAAAGCAGGUACUUCAAGAAUGGGAAGAACAGGGGAAAACGCGUGAGAAAUCUCUUUAUACAAGCCUCGAACACAUGAAAGCCAUUCUUAGGGACAAAGAAAGGGAGGUAGAAUCCCAGAGGGAACAGAUAUCAAGUUUCCAGCAGCAUGAAGCUCAGAAGGAGAAGCAUCUUAGUGAGCUUUCUGAGAAGCAGAAACAGAUGACAUUGACUUUGACCCAGAAAGAACAAGAGCUUGAGGCACAAAAAAAGCAAAUGAAAGAAAUGAAAGAAGAAAUGGAAAUAGAACGAAUGGCUCUUCAAGAACAGAGAGCAAAGACACAGGUAGCUUUGGAGGAAAACAACGCAGAAUUGGAGUUCCAAAGGAAGCAUGAAGAGGAAUUGAAAAGCCAGAUAAGAGUUCUACUUGAAGAUAUCCAGUACAGCACAGGAGUGCUAAAGGAGAGAGGUGGUAAUGCAGAGUUUCAGGAUGAACAAAUAAACCAACUCAAGAAGCAAAAGCUACAGGAAACUACUUCUGAUAUGUUGGGAGAACUCAAAGUAUCCUUUAAGAGGCGACAACAAGAAAUUGAGUCCCUGAAAGAGCAGCAUGAAAAGAACACAGAAGAGAAAGUAAGGCUAAUAAAAGGAUUGCAGUCAGAACUUCAACAAGCAAAACAAGCUUUAAAAAAUGGAGAAUUGCAGAUAAAGUAUUUAAAGGAAAAGAACCUCCAGCAAAUUCAACAACAGGAGGCACAGACAAAAUCUGUUCUGGACAAACUGGAUCUUACUAGGUCUUCCCUUCAUGACAAAGAAAAGGAGAUAGAAUCCUUACAAAUGUGUAUCAAGGAACUCUCAAAACAAAAAGAGGAAAUACAGCAUAAUGUUUCAAGCCUACAGCAGGAUCUGGAUAGGGUUAAUCAGUUGCUGACAGAGAAGGAAGAAGAGCUUCUCAAGCAAGCAGAACAAAUUAGUAAGUACCAAGUUAAAGUAGAAGCCAUGAAGAGAGAACGAAACAGUGAGGAAGAUCUUCUGCAAGAUCAGCACACACAUGAGCAAGAACAUGAAAAACAUCUCAGAGAGCAAGAGGAACUACUUGACAAAAAGAAUAAAGAGAUAAAUUGUCAAGAUGAAAGGAGUCAAAAGCCAAUGAAAAAUGAGCCUGAAGAGCACCAGGAGUAUAUACAGCAUCUCCAGCUUAUACAGAAGAAAAGGGAUGAUGAGAUUGAAUUGCAAAGAGGGAAAACUGAGCAGCUGGAAGAGAGACUCAAAGAUAAAGAGAAGGAAUUACUAACCUAUAGUGAACAGAUAAAGCAAAUAAUUUCAGCUCUGAAACUGCAAGAUAACAAAGAGUACAAUUUCCAUAGCUGUAUUGAGAAAAUUAUUAUGUGGAAGGAAGAGGAACUAGUGAAGAGCAAGGCUAUUAAGGAAAAAGACCAGUGCUUGGAAUGGCAGAAGGAAAAAAUUCAACAUUUGGAAAAUGAGAAAAUAAUAAACCGACAAGAAUUGAAUCAUAUGACAGCUGUUCUAAAACAGACAGAGAGUGGUGAGAUAGAAUGGAGGGAGAAGGCCCAGAAGCUGGAUCUGGCUCUGGCCCGAAGUGAAGAGGCUAUGAGAAUUUUAAAGGAGGAAAUAGCUGUUACACAGAGCAUGGUUUCAGAAAGGGAUCUGGAUAGGCUUCAUCUCCAGGGGCAAUUGGAUACAGCUUUCAGAACUCUGAAGGAGGCAAGGUUUAUCAUUGAAACUCUGGUGGGAGAUACUGAUCUGCUACCCAGUGAAAAUGAUAUACCAGGGGUGCAGCAUAAUGAGGCUGGAGAGGCUUCGAAAAAAGAGGGGCAGCUGAUAUGGAUGACUGAAAAAAGACUCUUGUAUAGACGUUUACAACUUCUGCAGCAAGCUGUGGCCAGGUUAGAGAAUGAUAAACAUGGUUUAGAGAAGCACAAUACCCAAUUGAGAGAUGCACUACAAGAGGUAGAACAUGAACGGAGGAGACUAAAAAAGAGUCAUGGAGACUUUUCUCUGAGCUCUGAAUUUUCACAACCUGAUUCUGGGUCACAAAAAGUUCCCUCUGUUUCAAAGAAGGAAACCCAGGUUCUCCACGAGCAACUGGCAGAGUUACAAAAACAGGUUUUUAUUCUACAAUCACAGCUAUCACUAGAACGGAAGCAGAAGCAGAAUUAUAUCAUCAGCUGUACCAAAACAAAUCAAGAGCUUGCAGAUUUACAUCAAGAGCUUGCAGGCUCUUUAGCUGUUGUGGCUAGAGAACCUGAGGCAACUAUUAUGGAAUCAGAGACUCGCAAGCUUGAUGAAACCCUGCAUAACAGCUGGACACUGGGAGCUGUAGGCUUAGGUGGUGCCUUAUCUGGAAAACAUCUAGUAAGCUCAACACCCAAAAGAGUUCAUCAGAAGCCCACAAGGUAGCAUAGAAGUGGCGGAAGCAAGAAAUUACAGAAGCUCCAGCACAAACUAACAGGACUUUAAACAGUUAUGAUGGAUCCUUCCCCUUAUUCAGCUAGCCUUGAUUUCAAGGGCCUACUCUGCCAGUUUCAGAAAUAUAAUUCCAGAUUCCCUGGAACCAAUGAAGAUCAUCUCAAUACAGGCUGAGAAAGAGCAAAAGUAGUUGAGAGACUCCAUACUAAGUGGUUGAAGGUAUGUGCUGUGGAAAUCAUUGGACAUAACAAAAUCCAAAGCCAGUGUAUGAGAACUAUAUAAAGGAAGGACUGCUUACAACCAUGGAAUUUCUGGUAGGAAGAAUGGAAGUUCAUUCCAGGAAAUGAGUCAUGAGAAAACUGAACUCAUUAAAAAGAUUUCCAGCUUUGUUUUGCAUAGACCCAUGGGACAGUACUUGAUCAGAGAGAAGGAUCUCAAUCGAAAUACUAAUUUUGGUUUAAUAAUCUUAUUGGUAGAGAUAUCCCUUCCUAAACUGUUGUACAGCAAUUUGCUAUAAGAUAUAUCUAAAGGGUUUUUUAUAACAUUUUGUACUAAAGGGUUUUCUUAAUAUUUAUAAUAAAAAAUGCAUUUUCA